AUGGCGGAUGCGCUGGUCCUCGCGUGCCACCUCGCCCUCGCAUUCUCCCUCCUCGCCGCCUCCCUCUCCCACCUCCUCGUCGCCGCCGUCUCCCACCUCUCCCCGUCCUCCCUCCACCACCGCCUCCUCCGCCUGCUCCGCCACCCGCUCCUCCGCCUCCUCCCGCCGCUCCUCGCGCUCCCGUUCGCCUUCCUCCCGCUGCACGCGCUCGCCGUCGCGCGCCUCCUCCUCCUCGCCGCCGCCUCGGCCUCCCUCGCCUCGUCGCUCUCCGCCCAUGCGGCGAGGGGCGCAGUGGCCGCCGGCGCCCACCUCGUCGCCGAGGCGGGGCUCGCCUGCGCGGGCGCCGUGGGCGGGCUCUGGGCGGCGCAGACCGGGCUCAGCCUCUACGUCGACGCGUGCGUGCCCGCGGGGUGCCACCGCCUCUUGGACGCCGGCGGCGCCCAGGCGCCCGCCACGCGGUGCGAGGUCGAGGAGGCCAGGCUCAGGGCCGUCGCCGUCAUGGACCUCGCCCUGUCCGUGCACUGCGUCGUCGUGGCCGCCGUCGCGGCCGGGGUGCUGCUGGGGGUGGCGAGGUGGUUCGGGGUUGACAGCAGCGCCGGCUUGGGGAGGCGGCAUAAUGGAUCGUCGUACGAUGCGUUGCCCACGGUGGCGUCGGCUGGCACCAUGGCAGAGAUGGAGCAUUUGCAGGGUAAGGGUAUUGUCGGCAAGAGCGUGGCGCAGGAGUGA